GAUUAAAGUCCAUCAACACUCCAUCUGAUUAUUUCGCCAACUGUCAUCAGUGCAUCACAGCAUUCCUCAGAUCUUCGGUACGCGCGAGUCCGGGAUCAUUGCGAACCUGUCGAAUAAGACGCUCCGUGCUCGUCCACUUCACACCUCUGAUCCUGGACGGGGCUGUCUCAUGAUCGCUCCCAAACUCGCUUCACGAUAAAACGCUCCUCUGGACUUACUUUGCUAGAGCAUCUAGCCACCACAAAAAUGGCCUCAUCGAACGAUUCCUCGAAAGGUGACCAUGCAGAAGUGUCAGAUACUGACGCUGAUUUAGCGCAGAUCUCUAUCUCUGAAGCUUGGACCCAAAUUGCAAAAGGUGAAAAGACGGCACAAGCACUUGAGUCGCAUCUCACGAGUCUCGAAAAGAAGAUCGACGAUCUGCUUGCCUCAUUCGAAGAGUCGGAACGAGCAAAGGUCGACGAAGCCAACUCGGAGGCAUCAGAUUCGAGGUCUGGAGACAGCAAUGGAGGCACUGAAACGAAGGCUUGAGCAUAAAUACUUCACUCGAUCGAUGCAGGGACGACGUGUACAUACCUUGCCAAUGCCAGUGGGCAAUGUCAUGACGGAGCCACCCGGUCAUAUGCCAUACAGAACAUAGACAACUACACUACAGAGCAUCGAAAUUGCUUGUACACAACAUCGAUCAGGCAGCCUUGCUUACGAGUGCUGUUCAUAUGUUUGGUUGUGUCUUUUGAAAGAACAACUGUAACUCGAGAAGCAAGUGCCUCACUGAGGACUCAAUUCGAAAGGACGAGUGCUUCCUCGAAGACAAUCGAGGAAAGUUACCUUGUACUAUUGCAGACAUGGCAAAGUUCCCCACACUUUCUCUAUUAUAUCUAUGCAAUUUAAGCA